UCUUUCCUGGUCUAGCUGGCCAAUGCCGGCCCCGUCGUGGACGUCUGGCGGCGGUCACAGCAGUAAUCGCGUGAGAGCGGUGCCCGCCGCCUAGCCCAUGAUGCCGUCAUCCACACGGAAAGGCGUGCCAAAGGACCCCGAGCUGGCCGAGCUCUUCUUCAAGGAUGACCCCGAGGAAGUCUUCUGCGACCUGCACGAGAUCGGACAUGGCAGCUUCGGGGCCGUCUACUUUGCCCGUAACUCUUAUUCCAACGAGGUGGUGGCCAUCAAGAAGAUGUCCUACCAUGGCAAGCAGACUACUGAGAAGUGGCAGGACAUUAUUAAGGAGGUCAAGUUUUUGGGACAGCUGCGGCACCCAAACACCAUCGAGUACAAAGGGUGCUACCUGAAGGACAACACUGCCUGGCUGGUGAUGGAAUAUUGUUUGGGUUCUGCAUCAGACUUACUCGAAGUUCACAAGAAGCCACUCCAAGAGGUGGAAAUCGCUGCCAUUACCCAUGGUGCCUUGCUGGGACUCGCUUACCUUCAUUCCCAUAAUAUGAUUCACAGAGACGUGAAAGCCGGAAACAUCCUGCUGACCGAGCUGGGACAGGUCAAACUGGCCGACUUUGGCUCCGCCUCCAUUGCCUCACCCGCCAACUCCUUUGUGGGGACACCUUACUGGAUGGCCCCAGAAGUGAUAUUAGCCAUGGACGAGGGUCAGUACGAGGGGAAGGUGGACAUCUGGUCCCUGGGGAUCACCUGUAUCGAAUUAGCGGAACGUAAACCGCCCUUGUUCAACAUGAACGCCAUGAGUGCCUUAUAUCACAUCGCACAGAACGACUCCCCCACUCUGCAGUCCAAUGAGUGGUCCGACCCUUUCCGAAGCUUUGUGGACUACUGCCUACAGAAAUUUCCUCAGGACAGACCCUCGUCAGGGGAGCUGCUAAGACAUGAUUUUGUGCGGCGGGAGCGCUCGCCGAGGAUUCUCAUGGACCUGAUCCAGAGGACCAAGGAUGCGGUGCGUGAGCUGGACAACCUGCAGUACCGCAAGAUGAAGAAGAUCCUCUACCAGGAGAAGCACAACGGACCCAUGGGGGAGAGCCAGGAGGACGAGGAGGUGGGAGGACGAGGAUUUAAAGAAAUAACAUGGAAAUAA